UCAACUACCUCUCAAUCACAACGUGUGUGACCAGUUUACCAAUGAGACUGAUUGGGCAAUGUCCACCAAUGAAUCCCAGCUGUUAGCUGUCAUAGCAGCUGCAAUCCAUUCCCAGUUAGACAAGGUCCGUUCAAGCCUCCGUCAGCUCCACAAUGCCCUGGGGGACGGGAAGGACAUCCAGAACUCCCUGACAGAAGUCAGCAGUGACUGGAGGAAAAGCAUCAACAUCAUUGAGAACCUGAAGGAUGUAAAAUAUGCUGGGGUGCAACACAGUCAGCUAGCCUCAGAAGUGAAGAAACAUGAAGAAUAUAUGUUCAGUGCCUGAGAUGGUGGCAGACACUCUGUUAAUGAUAGAGCAAGCCAAACUGCUGGAGGGCCCACUACAAGCUGAUGAACCUGGAGUGCUCAGACUGCCUGCAUUACAUGGGAACCACCAAUAAAUUACAGAUUUUCUGUU